AUGGAUUUUUCUGAAAGCAGUGAACAUGCUAGUGUUGGUCGACCAGACGCUUCGCGACCAGUGUCCCGGCGAGGUUUUCGAGAAUACACAAAUAGUGGGUCUGUCUUGUCAAGAAGUAGCACAAUGCGGCCAACAUCUGCCUACAGAGGCAGUACAGCCCGUUUGUCCACCGCGAGUUUUGGACCGGCACCACCUACAGCCGGUCGACAACAAACAGCGAUGUCCGGUUUUUCAAUGAUCGACAGACCCAUAACCCAACAAGGAUUAUCAGGUUUACGAACAGGUACAGGCAGAGGUUUCCGCACCCGACAGUUACAGGACAAACGGUACUGGGAAGAACUCAUGCAAGUCAAAGUGCGGGAGAUGAAAUCUGAAAUAGCCCGACUCUCCGAACAAGCUGAGGCUGGCGAGAGAGAGAAGUCAGCUAAGAAGCACUAUGAGAAGAGAGUACGUGAACUGGCACAGGAAUUAACUGGUCUUCAAGGAAGACUAUCUGAUUACAAUACAGCAAUAAGGAUUUCAACUGGGGAACUAUCGAAGCAAGCGGUUGAAGAGCAACAGAAAGAGCUGGAGAAAACUAACAAACAAUUACAAGAAGAGGUUGAAUUAUUUUUUUUAGAAAAACAGAGAAAGGAAAAUCAAUUAAGACAGUUAAAAGAGCAAAUGGAUAAGGAACAAACAACUCUGGCCAGAAUUUUGACGGAAAUGACGCAAGAUCAAAAAUUUCAGUACAGUGAUGUAGAGGCUACGGCUGCUACUCUAAGGGGUGAAGUUGAACAAGCAAGAACACAAAUUGAACAUUUAAAUAAAGAAAAAGAUGAAUUCUUUAGAGAGAUUUCUUCAACACAGAUUAAGAUGCAUCUUUUAGAGCUUCAUAAGCGACUAGCAGCUGCGAAUGAAAAGCGUGACAACUUAAAGCACGAAAUUAAUAAUCGUUUAGACCCACAAGAGGAAAGAGAAAAGUUACUGCUUCAAGUUCGUGAAGACAACGCGGCUAUCGCUGCUUUAGAUAGUAAUGCGGCAAAUUUAAAGCAACAGAUCAAAAAUGUACAGGAGUUAAUCGAACAGGCUGAACAGGAUCUGGAAGAAGGAAAUUCUGAAAGACAUAAAAAAUAUCGAGAGCUUAAAAAAAGAGAAGAGACUAUGGACGCUUUUCUUUCGACAUACGAAGACGACUUGAAGAAAGAGAAAGAACGAAUUGAGCAACUGGAAAAGGAUAUCGUUUUCGGAUUAGAACAUAGCAGCUCUAAUAUUGACUUAGAUCUCAGUGAAAUUGAUAAUUUAAAGCAGAAAGAUGGUUACACAUAUUAUGACGAUAGUAAGAAAACGGUUGAAAUGCUAACAAAAGAUUACGAGAGGUUUCAAGCUAAUUUAAAGAAAGUCGAAGCGACGCGUGAUCGUCUCGCCAAUGAAUUACAAACUUUGCCAGAAAAGACCCAAGUCAUGAAGGAAGAGUUGAUUUUAAUAUCAGAUUUAGAACGAUUAAGAGACGAUGGUGAAGAACAAAAGAAAGAUUUGGAAAGCGAAUUGGGGCAAAUAAAAGAAAAAUUAUCCCCAACAGAGAGUGCAGUCAUAGAAGCGUCCAACAAAUUAAGGAAGUUGCAAGCAAGUCUUGACGGAAACGAAAUGUAUGUAAAGUUAAACAGCCUUGAAGAGCAACUGGGUCAACUUGAAAACCGAAAAACUAUUUUGGAGGAAGACAUAACUUCUAUUAAUCUAAAGGCCGAUUAUGAACCUCUAAAGAAGGAGGCAUUCGGCGAUUUAUUAUCCCUUAAUAAGAAAAUUAUUGAAGAUUUAAAUACUAAGGCUUAUUAA